AAUUGAACCGCUUUUGAGAAAAGGUCCGAUUCAUACUCAGUGGCAUAAAAAGAGCAAACGAGACUGGGCGUUAACUGGAUUACAGAUAUGAGUGUAUUCGAACGGGAGGCAGAUCAAUAGAGUGUAGCUGCACUUUGUUCUUCAGACGCCACUAUUGGGUCCCUGGAUCCAUUGGAUACCCUAGUGAGCCGGUUAAAGAGGAGAGAAACUCGCCGAGACCCUGGUUUGUAGACACGUCACUCCCUGUGUUACCUGCUUGGAGGACAGCGUCCAAGACCAUCUUCACCUUGAAAGAGUAGCAAGGAAUGUCCCAUAGCACAGGACGAUCAGAAUGAUAAACAAUUUUGAAUCUUGAAUCUGGAAUGGAAUCCAGAUCCAAAUCAAGGACACGGUGGAAUAAAUCAACUAGGAGGCAUGUUUGUGAAUGGAAGACCGCUUCCCGAUGUGGUAAGGCAGCGCAUCGUGGACCUUGCACAUCAAGGAGUACGGCCUUGUGACAUUUCUCGACAGCUCAGGGUUAGUCAUGGGUGUGUCAGCAAAAUCCUUGGCAGGUACUACGAAACAGGCAGCAUUAUGCCUGGAGUCAUUGGUGGCUCAAAACCAAAGGUUGCGACGCCAACUGUGGUGGAGAAGAUAGCAGAAUACAAGCGGCAGAACCCUACAAUGUUUGCAUGGGAGAUUCGGGACCGAUUGCUUGCAGAAGGAAUAUGUAAUAAUGACACAGUACCCAGUGUCAGCUCCAUUAAUAGAAUUAUAAGAACCAAAGUUCAACAACCAUUUCAUCUACCUCUUGAAGACCAUUCUGGGACAAGACUCAGUCCUGGACACACUUUGGUGCCCAACUCGACAGUUACACCCCCAGAAUCUCCUCCACCCAGUGAUUCCCUGGGUUCAUCCUAUUCCAUUAAUGGUCUUCUUGGGAUUGUACAAUCCAGUAAUGAAACCAAAAGGAAACUGGCUGAAAGUGAGGAAGAUAUUUGUGUGAUCAGUGCUGACUCCCAGAGUAGUAGUGGGGGCCCUCGAAAACAACUCCGCACCGAGGCUUUUGCCCAGCAUCUUGAAGCCCUGGACUGUGCCUUUGAACGACAGCAUUAUGCAGAGGUCUUUGCAGCUGCCAGUCACACCAAGGGAGAGCAGACUGCUCUGUAUCCACUUUCAACCUUAAGUAAUGGAAUGGAUGAAGGGAAGCCAAGUUUGUCCUCUUCUGCCACUCCAAUAGGCAGGAAUAUCUCUGGAUCACAGGGAUACUCAGUAGUGACAGGGCGUGAAAUUAUGAGCUCAACGCUGCCAGGGUACCCCCCUCACAUUCCUGCAAAUAGUCAAGCCAGUUACACAUCAUCUGCCAUCGCUGGAAUGGUGACUGGAAAUGAAUAUUCAGGAGGCCCUUACACUCACUCCCAUUAUACAUCCUAUAAUGAUGCCUGGCGUUUUACCAACUCUGGAUUAAUAAUUCCACUCCAAGGACCAGCGCACCUCCCGCUGCUGCGGCUGCCUAUGACCACCUCUAGUUUCCACAGCAACCAGGGAAUUGUGCAGAGAGAUGCCCUGGGGAAUCAUGUGCUGUCAGUCUAAUUGAUUUGAACACAAAGCAAUGUGAAAAACUCUAUUUAUGAAUGAAAUUUGAACGAUGGGCAAUAAUUUCAUCACUGGAUGUUUUCGAAACAUGCCAGAAAGGAUCCCAAAAUAAGUUCAGCAGUGAAUUGCCUUCGUAUUCUGGAUUUACAGUUAACUCACAGAACUAAAAGCCAUAGACCAUGGCUGGAUAGAAAUUGCUUCUGAGAACAGUAAGGGAAACAAAUGCACUAUUAGUAUUGUAAAUUAUACAUGGAUUUUGCAAAGUCCACUCAAAUGGGCCACAGACAAUGUGUAUUCAAGGCUCUAAUAGGCUCAUUAUGUGACUUUAAUUAUGAGUGUGAUGAGUUGGAGAAACAAUAAUGCAUUGGGAGAUCUUCCUCCGGUGAAACAGGGAGCUACAUUUAAUAGUAACUGAGUUUUUACAGUGGAUGGCUUCUGCAGACAAAAGGAAAGAACUUUCAAAAUUACACAGAGCUUUACAAAGAGAAAGGCUGGCAACUUUCAUUACUGACUGAUCAAGAAAUUCAUUGUACUAGCAUCAUUAUUGACCCUGCAACUCAACAGAAGACCAUGACAAGAAAAUAAAAAUUCAUUGUCUCUUUACAUAAUGUCUUUAGGCUCAAGGCAAAUUCUCAGCACUUCCAACAUUGUUUAAGACAUGAAAGUAAAAAUAUGAAUAGCUUAGAGACACUGGUUACAACAUAAAGAUUUUAAAUUUCACCUUGAAGAUUCAAUUUGUAUUUGAACCUCCCAUUCUGCUCACAUUUGACCUUUCAAAAAGCAUCAAAAUAGCAGGAUUAACAAAGUAGAAAUCAAUAAAUGCAUUGCAAUUAAUUUACCUUUGUGUGCCAUAUUCAAGAUAAACCUGUUUAAUUCUUUAAUGUUGAAAUGGCCUGAUACUCAGCUUAUGUGAAACACAUUUAUCACAUGCCAGAGCUACAUUUUUAUUAAGCAUACUAGUUUUAGACACAUGAGGACGUGUGCAAUACAUAACUCAGCUACCACAGACGGAUGUCUUCAAGGACCGAAAACAACCUAAGUCCAAUGCCAGUUUUACAACCUGUUCACUUUUGAACGACAUGAUUAAGCUGCACAGGCCUGGGAUUUUUCAUUUGCUAUGUAUGUAUGUAAACUAUGAAACUAUCAAAAGAAAAAUAUUUUAAUUCAGUGUAGCAUGAAUUCAAAUCUUGGAAAUAAAAUUUGUUGA